AUGAUAUCCCUCUCCUUAUUUAUGUGUGGUUCGCGACGACGGGAGGGAGCAGGGAAGCGAGACACAGAGAGUGGGUGGGAGAAGGACAUGGAGGGAAUGUACCCAUUGGGAGUCAUCGCUGCUUCGAUCCUAGCGUUUCUCCUCCUCCUCGGGAUCCAUGGACGUUGGGGGAAGGGCCGGAAGGCCGCUGGAAAGCGCGAUUCCGGCAGGGUAGCCGCCGGGUUUGGCGGGGCCGAUGUUAUCGUCGUCGGCGCCGGGGUCACCGGCUCCGCUCUUGCUUAUGCCCUCGGGAAGGAUGGUAGACGUGUGCAUGUCAUCGAGAGAGAUUUGGCUGAGCCGGACACAAUUGUUGGUGAAGUCUUGCAACCUGGAGGUUGCCUAAACUUAUUUGAGCUAGGGCUCGAGGAUUGUGUCGACGAGAUCGAUGCUCAGCGGGUCCUUGGCUAUGUUCUUACCAAAAAUGGGAGAAGCGCCAAACUCUCAAUACCUCUGGAGAAGUAUCAUGUAGAUGUUGCUGCCAGGUGCUUCCAUCAUGGGCGUUUCAUCCAAAGAUUGCGAGAGAAAGCAGCGUCCUUGUCCAGUGUUCAGUUGAAGCAGGGAGCUGUGACAUCCUUGAUUAAAGAAGACGGAAUAGUUAAGGGGGUAGUUUACAAGACUAAAUCUGGUAAAGAAUCGAAAGCUUUUGCACCUCUUACAAUUGUUUGUGAUGGCUACUUUUCGAAUCUGAGGCAUACACUCUGUUCCUCCAAGGUGGAUGUACCUUCUUAUUUUGUUGGUUUGCUUCUGGAGGACUGUCAACUUCCAUUUCCAAACUAUGGGCAUAUUAUCUUAGCGGAUCCUUCAAUAGUAUUGUUCUACUUGAUAAGUAGCACGGAGACUCGC